AUGCCACCAAAGACGCCCAACCUCAAAGGAGCCGAACCCCCUGGAGACACCCGGGCCGAAGCCCAGGAACGAAGACAGGCGAUCGCCACCAUUAUCACAAACUGGGGCCAGACUUUCUCCACCAUGCGCAGCUGGAUGCACGUCGACACCUGGCUUCAGGGUAACACAGAAAGAAUGACAGAGUUCACCUGCGACAUGACGACUAUACGCGCUUUCCGAGAUCUGUCACGUAACACUCCGAAUCGGGGCCAAGAAGUCAAAGACCAAAUCGAGCAGUAUUAUAUUCGGAGAUACCACAACAAAAACGCAGGACCGAUAGGGAGUACAAAGGAGAAAAAGAUGGGUUAUAUUUGCGAGGAUUUGGGAAAAUUACUCGGGAACAACUUCAUAGACCCAGCGAAGUUCAAAGUCAACAACACGAAGAAGAGACCAGCAGCGGGAAAGGAGGGUAGCAAGAAACAGGCAUCUAGGAAGAAGACAAAGAAGAACAACACUACCACCACCGCCACCGCCAGCAACGAUCAAGAUGAAGAAGACACGAUCACAUCCGAGGUAGAGGAAGAAGACACGGUUGUUCCCGAAUCAGACGAAGCAGAAGACGAUGAGCCUAGCCCAGCACCCAAUCCUAAGCCUGCAGCCCAGCCAGCCAAUAAUGGGGCGGUAAAUGAGUUCAGACGGAGACUAAGAUCGCACGGAAAAAACGAAGCAGAGGGAGCACAGCAGACAGAAAGGGAAAUGAGCAACGCAAACGAAGCAGACGGCAACGACGAUGACACUUCAAGCCUCUUCAGCGAACCACCCGAAGCCCAGACCAUACACACGUCAGAUGAUAAAGACACGGCACUCGCCCGCAUAUACUCCAACUGGGGCAUUCAUUCCCUCCAUCGCGACUUCCCAGCCAUGCUGCGCGGAGCUGAUAUCGACGCCCCAGAGGAUACUGGUAUUGAAGAUGUGAUCAUCGAGCUGCUUCGUGAUUUAUCCGAGCGUUUUCCUACCAAAAGACAAGGCAAGAAGAUCAGCGAGGAGCUGGCGCUACGCUUCAAGAGAAUGAAACGAUACAAUCUCAAGGCGGUUUAUCAAGCUAUCACUGCUACUGCUAGGAGCUACCGCUGGGUAUCGGUAUCGGAGGACUCGCUAGGACUAUCAGGCGAUGAGGGUGAUGCGGAUGAGCUGGGCUCUCAGCCAGAGGCAGCGCAACCAGUGGCACCACCAGCAGCACAACCGGACGGGCAACGACGUUACGCCGUACGUAGUGAUGAAGCGUCGCUCGAAGUAUCAGAAGCUUGGGACGCAGUGGUAGUUGCUGAAGCGGCGGUCAAAGUAGCGCAAGACAAGCGUGUCCGCGCUGCUCUUCGGAGCGAAACUGAAUACCAGCAAGCAUGCCGCCAGUUGAAAGUCUCUGAAGAGCAGCUUCGUGUUGCUGAGGCAUAUGCAUGUGCGAGGAGUCUUGGAAGACCCCAGAGAGUGGGUGAGACGGUUGGGCCGGGUGGGGAUGAGCGCGGGCAGAGACAGAGUGGUGAUGCCGGAGAUGUAGAAGAGCAAGAGCAGAACGGAAAAGGUGGAGCUGGGGAGGGUGGAGAUGACGGAGUAGACGUCAGGGUAGGAGCGGGAAAUGGCGAAGGUGAUGAGGAAGGAACAGUGGCCUAG